AUGGCCGGCGGCAAAUCCCUCAAAGAGUCCGCGGCAUCGAACCCGACAGCCCUGGGUGAUCCUGUUUCGCUGAAGGCCGAGAAGUCUGACACCUCGCCCACGGAACAGGACCGGCCGAACAAGACGGGCGAGAAUACGAUCGAACACGACAAGCCGAAUCAAAGUGCCCAGCAUCCAGCGCUUCAGGGCGGCGGCGGCGGCAGCGGUGGGCCAUCGAGUCGCGUGCAGGGUGUCAAACAACUCGCGCCCACGGAGCAGGACAUCAACCAGAGCACGCAGAAUCCCACGCUGCAGCCAUCGGACAAGCAUAAUCAGAGUCUGAAGGAGCUCGCGAAGAAGGAUCUGGGCCAGGCCGAGAAGGGCAAUCGCUCCAUGAUAGGAGAUCCUGUCAGUUUGAAGGCCGAAACGAGCGACACAGAUCCAGUAAAGGAUGGUGGCGAGCGGGAGGACGGGACUGGAAGAAGUGGGAAAACUGGCAAGGGCCGAGAUUCAAAGCUCUAA